CAAGCACUGCUGAUUGCAAUAUGGAACGCUGGGCUGGUCGUGUAGCGCUGGUAACUGGUGCGUCGUCAGGUGUCGGGGCAGAAACGGCUAAAGUUCUUGCUGAGAAUGGUAUGUGUGUGGUUGGUUGCGGUAGGAAUGUUACCGCCAUACAGGAAUUAGCUGACAAAUUGAAAUCACGUUCUGCCAAAGGUGUUCUCCAUCCCAUGAAAUGUGACCUUCGGAGCGAGAAACAAAUACUGAACAUGUUUGAGGAAAUAAAAAACAAACAUGGUGGUGUCGACGUUUGUGUUAAUUCUGCUGGUAUGUCUCAUGUAGCUCCAUUGCUGUCUGGUGAGACAGAGAAAUGGAGAGAAAUAAUCGACGUGAAUGUUAUGGCAUUGUGUAUUUGUACCAGAGAGGCAUUCAAACAAAUGAUAGAACGCAAUGUGGAUGACGGACAUAUCAUACAUAUAAACAGCACUUCUGGACACCGUGUUGCAAUGGGAGACUAUGACCUUAACCUUUAUGUCGGUACAAAGCACAUGGUGACCGGUUUAACUGAGGGAUUACGUCAGGAGUUACGAGGGUUGAAGUCUCAUAUUAGAGUUACUGCUAUAUCCCCGGGAAAUGUAAACACCAUGUUUGCUAACAGAAUGUACGGAGACGAAAUUGCCGAGAAAAUGAAAUCAGAAUAUAAGGUUAUCAUAUACAUUAUAAAAAUAUCUGUAACUAAACAUAAAGCAUGCAAGUUUGCCUUGUUGGAAUCUUCUGACAUCGCUGACAUGGUGAAAUAUGUACUACAGUCACCUCCCCAUGUACAGGUACACGCUUUUGAAUUCACAUUUGGUUGA